AUGAACCAAGACAAUGGCGAUAGCGGGAAGAAGCAUGUACGUCAAUCUGGACGGAAAUUCCGCGGGAAUCUCAACUACGUGAACUUCUACAAUCGACAUGUCCAGGAGACAUUUGCACCGAAACAUAAUUGGCUACACUUUAGCAAUUCGAAGCUAACUCACGAUGGAAAGGUAUAUUAUUCUCGUGAUUUCCGAGAUCAAAUUCGUGCAAUGAAACAAAAAGAACAUGUAGAUCCUAACAGCGAUAACAAGUCGCUUCUAGAAAAUUGUCCUGGCACCUUGUGGACCAGGGCCGAGAAGGAGAUCUUUUUCGAUGCACUUCUGAAGUGUUCUAUCCAUCGCAUUGAUCUCAUACAGUUCAGACUUCCUGGAAAGUCCGAGUUGGAGAUUUUAGCCUAUUACGACCUAUUGAAAGCCGGAUUGCAGAAGGCUAGACUGAAAAAGAGAAAGACCUAUGAUUACGAAGUAAAUGGCCAGCCUCGCAAGAUCCAAUUGACAAGAAAUACAAAGCAUCUUAUGAAGUACAGUGAAAUCCCAAUUGCUUACGAGAUGAGCGAAUACUUUAUCAAAUUUGAAGAGCUUCAGAGUGAGCUGAUUUCAAUCAAGGAAAAGAGAAAGGAAAACGAUUACAAUACCAACUAUAAAUCACAAUUCAAAAAGUAUACCGAAAUUGUGCGACGAGAGGUUCCGGCCGAAUUCCUUAAUGGAAAUUCAAUGUUAAAUAAGAAUGAACAAAGAGAAGCUCCAGAAUCAGCUGAAGAACAGCAAAUAGACCCACAACUAAUAUAUACAGAUAGGGAGCAGAAACAGCAUGAAAUAGUCAACAAGGUAUUGACUAUAGAUGAGUUUGACGAGCCAAUAUCGCAAUACCAGACACUUUUGAAGUUGGAAAACUUCCAGCAAAUCACAGAUACGUUCUAUCUUCAGAGCAACAUAACAGACUCCGAGCCAUACCUAACGUCAAAAUUCAGUCUUGGACUUGGAUAUGAUGCUUUACUUUUACUUGAAGCUCUUGCGAAACAGAUAACGAGAAAAAUUAUUGCCAACAUUGUACAAAAAGUACAAUUUCAGAGAAGUUUGGCGAAGAGCCGGAUCCAUAAUCCCAACGAAGAGAUCUACAUCAAGAUUCAAGAUGUGAUGAAAUCCAUAUUAUCCUUAGGGUACAGGGAACCUGAUGAUAUGUUCAACAAGGAUGUCUAUUGGCGAGGGCUUGUAGACAGAUUAAAGUGCGAUAAAGAAGAAGAAGAUAAGUAUCUGCUAAAAGAUCGACUAUACCUGAAGUUCCAUUUGCUUCUGGAAAACAAUGAUCUUCGACUUUUUGACAAUUACAAAGACGUCCAUGUUUCUUCAUUUUCGCCAACGCAAGAAGAUGUUGAACGCAGUCAAGACGAUGGAAGCGAAGAGGACGAGGACCCAGAGAGUGCAAUUCCGCACAUUUCCACUUUAUUAGCACAAACAAGAAAGAGUCAGAGACGAGGAGAACAAGACCGUGAGAAUGUUGAAGAGAAGUUACUACUUUUAGCAGAAGAUGCAUUGGAAAGGAGAGAUAGAGACGAAUCAACAAUGCACGAGCACGGAUUACUCACAUACCUAUCAACAGAUCAAGAUGGUAUUUGCCCACCUAUGUAUACUACAGAAGAGGCUGAGGAGGUGUUGCGGAUGUGGGAUUUAGAAAUAGAGGAGCAGGCAGAGAAUUUAGAGGCUGGCGAAGAAAACGAUCUAAACGAAACUUCCGAGAGCGUACAGAAGGAAGGAUUGGCCAUUGACGACGACAAUGAGUCGUCAGAUGAAAAUGCGAGUGACGAUACCGACGGACAUGAAACAAUAGCUAUGACUGAAGGUUUUGUUGCUUCCCAACCCAUGCUAGAAAAUUACGAAUUAGAAUUUGCCAGAUACGAACGAGGAGAAGCCUAUUGUACCUGA